AUGGUAACCCCGGUUGACGUACUGAGCAACUGUUCCAAACUGAAGGAAACUAUCCCAGAUUUUUGCACAAGUGCUGUUGAACGUUUUGGAUGUUUUAGCACGUGCGGUUUUUCUACACAGAAAUAUAAGCCAGCGACCUGCAGCCCACCCAGCCUACCAUCUGACGUGUACGCCGCUGGAGGAUUGAAGAGUGUGUACAAGGAAGGGGAGGUCAUCAACGUCACUUGUACAACUUCCGGUUCUUUAGUCAACAUCAUCAGAUGUACCAAAACUGGAUGGUCGGGUCAGGCACGAAACUGUAGCCUCGCCACCUCGUGUGAAGAUAAAAUCCUAAGCUGUCAAAAUAUUUUGGCCAAAUUCCCAGAGUUCUGCAUUUCCAAACGUUCUUCUAAUUCAGCCUUGACCUACUGUAAGAAAACUUGUGGCGGAUGUCCAGGAAAAACCCAGUGCAAAGAUCCUGUAGGAAAAAAAUAUUCCCGGACGUCCAAAGCAGAAGUUAUUUCCCCUGGUCAUGUCAUGACCUUUAAGUGUCAGAAUGAUUCCUAUCACGUCAGCGGUGACCUGCAGAGGGCGUGUUCCGUUUCCGGUGCGCUGCUGGGGUCAGAACCUGUUUGUCAGAGUACACCAACUGCCGUGGACAUACAGUUUGAAAAGAUCAGAAAACGUCGGGAAGACUUACCAAAGGAAGUGGCCUUUUUGUUGGAUGAUGUCAAUUACAGAAUCCCAUACAACGGUAAAAUAACGAAGUGGUACUACUACUGUCAACAAGCUGGCAAUAUUGACUUCAUCGUCUUCAGACCAUCAGGGUUACGUUUUCAUUCAAUCGUUGCAUAA